AUGAGAACUCGCAUCGCCCUCUACAUAACCACCCUCUCCUUCACACCCGAACACCUCUCCGCCCUCCUCCAAACCUUCGACACCGCACAAACCGAAUACCCCCUCGAUCCCUUCCCAGACUACAUCCGUCCUCGCCUCCCCUUCCCUGACAUCUCCCCAGCCUCGACCUCCCAGCCCGACGGCUCAGAAUCUUCAACUCCAGCCUCAUCCUCAACUUCAACAACGAACUGGGCUCUAGGACUGUCCUCGGAUGAAAUCUGGACGCGCCACACGGCCGAAUGGAGACCACCGAACUACGCGAAAGGAGAAUGGGACGAAUGGGCCCGUUCUCCCAUCGUCGUGGUGGACGAACGCACGGUGAAGGACGGGAGCGUGUUGGUCGUUGAUACCGACUACAUACAUGAUGAGUCGGAAGAGGGGAGGCAGGCGCUGAAGGGGGUGAGGUUCGAGCCUGUGCAUGUUCCGGUGGCGGUGGCGAAUUUGGAGAUUGCGAAUUUGGGGUUGGGUGAUUACGAGGAGGAUUUGUGCGAGGAUGGAGUGUGGCGAGGAUUCCCGGAUGUAGCUGUAGCAUCGACGAAUGAUGGUCUUCGAACUGAGUUGUAA